AGCAGGCGGGAAAUGGAGAUCGGGAGUUACGAGUAUACGGUUAUGCCUUUUGACUUAACAAACUCGCCUUCGACAUUCCAGUUAACCAUGAACGAGGUUUUUCGGCCGCUGCUGGAUAAGUGCGUCAUCGUGUACCUCAACGGCAUACUGGUCUAUAGCACUACCCGGGAGCAGCAUUUGAAGGAUUUGACAGCAGUUUUCUCUCUCUUGCAGCAGCACCGACUCAUCACCAAAGGCUCUAAGCACGAGUUUCUCAAACAGGAACUGGAGUAUUUGGGCCACGUCAUUUCCAUCGACGGUGUUAAAAUUGACCCUAAGAAGAUUGCGAUAAUCCAAGCCUGGAAGCCGCCGGCUAAUCUCCGCGAACUUCAAAGUUUCCUGGGUUUUGUGAAUUACGUCAGCCGUUUCAUUCCGAACAAGGCGGGGGUAGCUUCCCCUCUCACAGAUCUUCUGAAGAAGGGUAAGUUUUAUGAGUGGGGGGGAGAGCAGCAGGCUGCGUUCGAACAGCUCAAACUUUUCCUGACUUCACCUCCGGUUUUUCGGAUUGCACAUCCUCACCGUCCAUUUGUGCUCAUCACUGACGCUAGCGAACUGGCCGUUGGCACAGUCCUGUUACAAGACUUCGGCGAAGGCCUCCAACCCAUCGCCUACGAGUCACGAAAGCUGAACCCGGCCGAGGAAAAUUAUCCUGUCCACGACAAGGAGUUACUCGCCAUCGUUUACGCCUUCAAAGCCUAUUACCUAAAAUCUGGUACCAAUCGGAUUUUGGUUCCCGCCUACCGUACCCUACGGGAAUCACCGAUCCAGGAGGCACAUGACUCAAAUUUCUCGGGUCACUACGGCAUCGACAAUACUGCCAAAUUACUGAGCCGUAAUUAUUACUGGCCCGAUUUGCCGACAGACGUGCAGCUAUACGUCACCUCCUGUGCCACGUGUCAACGCAUAAAGUCUUCCCGGCUUCGACCUGCUGGAUUGUUGCAGCCACUAGAGCCACCGAGCCGACCCUGGCAACAAGUGACGAUGGAUUUCGUCACUGGCCUGCCAGCUGGUCCAAGCGGUAACGACGCGAUUCUCGUCGCCGUUGACCGGUUGACCAAGAUGGCCCACUUCGCCGCCUGCAAGACGACGAUUACUGCAGAGCAGUAAGCGAAAUUGUUCCUGAAGAACAUCA